AUGAAGGUCAUUAAUCCAAAGCACUGUACCUUCUAUAUCAUCAACUACAAUGAUGGCUCUGACGAUGAAGAUGACGAUCACAAUACGCCAAAGAUUGAUUCGACCACUGAGGCCAGCCGCCGUACGAGAGAGUGGGUCGAACAACAACAACAGAAUCCUCCCUCAUCUCCUCCUCCGCCAUCUGCAUCACCAUCCGCAUCAUCGCCGCCACCAACAUUAUCCCCUCCUCCAACUCAAUGA